UCCUGUCUGCGCCGGGUGCACCGCAGACAGCGCCGCGCGCCAGCCGCCCAGACGGCGCGCGGGGCUGGGGAAGCCGGGCGCGCGCCUGGGGGGAGGGGCGCGCGCGCCAGACGACGGGCCGGGGGAGCCCUCGGGAGCCACAAUAGGCCAGACGGCGCGCGCGUCCCCGAGGGGCUAGGAGCCGCGAGGCGGCGGCCGGCCCGCGGGCGCGGUGCUGCUGCUGGCCCCGUUCCCCUACCCCCCGCCCCUCCGCCCUCGCUCUGCCCCGGGCGGCCGGAGACGGCGGCGGCGUCUGCGGGAAGCCGUGUGUCUCCGCAGUGACGUGGGCGGGCCGAGGACUCGGUGACGUCAGAGGGCUGUGUGUAGCGAUGUGUGUGGGGUUCGGAGCAGCGCCGGCACAGCCGAGGGGAGCGGGCGAGCGGCGGCGGUGGCGGCGGCGGGCACAGAUUAAUUAAAAGAAGAAUGAACAGUAAUCCUGAAGAUAACUGGGCAGUUUUUCUUUAGGUUUCAUUUUUAAUUGUAGAAGUUCACGUGGAGUCAGAGGCUCUUCUUAACUGGUGUGAGGAUUUAUACAAGCCUUCAUUUUGUCCACACAGACCAACAGAUCAUCAUUUUUAGAGAAGAUACUUUUUUCCCUCCUUUUUUGGUGUCCUUGGUGCCAAAUACUAAAUUUGGGUGCAUAAUUUUGACUCAAGUAAUUGCAUAAACUUUUUGCGUGUUGUGCUUAAAACCAAACCAAACUGUUGCGUUGAACUUGGACAUCUUGAAUUGAGAGAACUGGUAACUUUAUUUUAAUACGUAUAUCUGAAGAACUUAAGAAAACAAAGGCGUCCUCGGAGGUGUGCCUCUUAAAAUUAUUUUCUGUGUUAUUAGACAAUAAGAAAUUUUAUAGCACUUGCAGUGAAAUUAUACUUAGAGUAUAAGCAGAACCAAAACAAAGUUGCAAAAUCUAUUGAGUAGUUUAGGGAGAUCUCUCUUUGGAAAUUUAAAUUUUCUGUGACAGUAAGUUACCAUAAGUAUUGGUAUACAUUGUGUUUCUCUCUUCAAAUAAGCAACUAGAUAACAAUGCAAAUCUCAGACUUACUUAUUUAACACAAUAGUUUUUAGCAAUGGAAAACCUACAGACAAAUUUUUCCUUGGUUCAGGGCUCAAAUAAAAAACUGAACGGGAUGGGAGAUGAUGGCAGCCCUCCAGUGAAAAAAAUGAUGACAGACAUUCAUGCAAAUGGAAAAAUGAUGAUAAACAAGAUGCCAACAGUAAAGAAGGAACACUUGGACGACUAUGAAGCGCCAAUGGAAACUGAUGAAGAGCACGUCAAGAGAACCUGUGCCUCUGUGCCUGAACCUUUACAUUUAAAUCCCAGUUUGAAACACACUUUGGCACAAUUCCAUUUAAGUAGCCAGAGCUCUCUGGGUGGACCAGCAGCAUUUUCCGCUCGGUAUUCCCAAGAAAGCAUGUCACCUACUGUAUUUUUGCCUCUUCCAUCUCCUCAGGUUCUUCCUGGUCCACUGCUCAUCCCUUCUGACAGCUCCACAGAACUCACCCAGACUGUGUUGGAAGGGGAGUCUAUUUCUUGUUUUCAGGUUGGAGGAGAAAAGAGACUCUGUUUGCCCCAAGUCCUAAAUUCUGUUCUCCGAGAAUUCUCACUCCAACAAAUAAAUACAGUAUGUGAUGAAUUGUACAUCUAUUGUUCAAGGUGUACAUCAGACCAGCUUCAUAUCUUAAAGGUCCUGGGAAUACUUCCAUUCAAUGCCCCGUCCUGCGGGCUGAUCACAUUAACUGAUGCACAAAGACUGUGUAAUGCUUUAUUGCGGCCGCGCACUUUUCCUCAAAAUGGUAGUAUACUUCCUGCUAAAAGCUCAUUGGCCCAGUUGAAGGAAACUGGCAGUGCCUUUGAAGUGGAACAUGAAUGCUUAGGCAAAUGUCAGGGUUUAUUUGCACCCCAAUUUUAUGUUCAGCCAGAUGCCCCGUGUAUUCAGUGUCUGGAGUGCUGUGGAAUGUUUGCGCCCCAGACAUUUGUGAUGCAUUCUCACAGAUCACCCGACAAAAGGACUUGCCACUGGGGCUUUGAAUCAGCCAAAUGGCAUUGCUAUCUUCACGUGAACCAAAAAUACUUAGGGACACCUGAAGAAAAGAAACUGAAGGUAAUUUUAGAAGAAAUGAAGGAGAAAUUUAGCAUGAGAAAUGGGAAGAGGACUCAAUCCAAGGCAAAUACACCACCAGGAAUGGAAUUACAGUCAUGGUAUCCAGUUAUAAAGCAGGAAGGUGACCAUGUUUCUCAGACACAUUCAUUUCUACACCCCAGCUACUACUUAUACAUGUGCGAUAAAGUGGUUGCCCCAAAUGUGUCACUUACUUCGGCUGUAUCCCAGCCUAAAGAGGUCACAAAGACAGAGGCAAGUAGAUCUAUACCAAGACACUCAGAGAAGCCUCACAGUAGUGGGAAACAUCAAAAAAUAGUGUCUUAUCCAGAUGUUUCACUGGAGGAACAGGAGAAAAUGGAUCUGAAAACAAGUAGAGAAUUAUAUAGCCGCUUAGAUCCAUCAGUCUCGAAUAAUUCGGCAAGCAAAAAGAAACCUGAGCCUACCACUUGCAACUUAGCCAGAGACACAAGCAAGGCGGGAAUUGACCGUGAUGCUGCAGCUUCGUCUCCACUUCUCGUCAAGGAUGUCAUUUGUGAGGAUGAUAAGGGAAAAAUCAUGGAAGAAGUAAUGAGAACUUAUGUAAAACAACAGGAAAAACUGAACUCAAUUUUGCAGAAGAAGCAACAACUUCAGAUGGAAGUUGAAAUGUUGAGUAGUUCAAAAGCUAUGAAGGAACUCACUGAAGAACAGCAGAAUUUACAGAAAGAGCUUGAAUCUUUGCAGAAUGAACAUGCUCAAAGAAUGGAAGAAUUUUAUGUUGAACAGAAAGACUUAGAGAAAAAAUUAGAGCAGGUAAUGAAGCAAAAAUGUACCUGUGACUCAAAUUUAGAAAAAGAUAAAGAGGCUGAAUAUGCAGCACAGCUGGCAGAACUGAGACAGAGAUUGGACCAUGCCGAGGCUGAUAGGCAAGAACUCCAGGAUGAACUCAGACAGGAACGGGAGGCAAGACAGAAGUUAGAGAUGAUGAUAAAAGAGCUAAAGCUGCAAAUUUUGAAAUCAUCGAAGACUGCUAAAGAAUAGAAGCCUUUGAAGAGAUUCAUCUGUGUGUUCCCAACAGGGUUUAUUUUUGUUUGUUUGCUUUGGUAAUUGAAUUAUGAACAAUUUAUCUGCAUGAAAAUAACUAGGCAUUGUAUCCAUUUGUAGAUCAGAGAAAGUGAAGAGAUUGUAUAUUAGUAUAUAAAUUUUUACAUUUUCCAAAUGAAUGAAAAUGUAUGUUUCUUUGUACUUUUUUUUCAACCAGCUUAGUAACAGUACUUUACGGUUUCAACUAUUAGAUAAUCUGCCUAUAUUUCUAAUGCAAUUUAACAGUUGCAUACUUUUUAAAAGCUGCAUUGUGUGAUAGAAAAUAGUUUUGAUCAAUUUUGUUAUCCAUAUUUUAGAUUCAAUUUUAGAUACAAUGGUGGCUUCAUAUUUCAUAUAUAGAGCUACUCAAGGAGUUGAGUCUCCAUUUUUUUUCAUGAACACAAUCUCCUUUCUAAGUUAAUAUAGUAUACUCAUUAUUAUAAUCAAAAUUUGCUUUUAUUUUGUUCAUAUUGUGGAAUGAAUUUCCACCAGUUCUCUUCUAUUUAAUAUCUCCUAAGAGACAGUUUAUCACUAGAGGAAUUUCAUUGAUGAGGUUGUAGCACACCCCACGGGGAAGGAUAACAUGCUUUCUUAUACACUGCUGCUAAACAUAAGAAGCGGUUAUAAUUAGAUUUUCUGUUUAAAUGUGGUUAUAUUUAGAAAAAAAUUUUUAUGCAGCAACUUUAGAAGAGGGAAUAAAAUGAAAUAAUUUUUGAACUUUUGCUUAUGUUGUUAAUAGUGUUGUGAAAAUAUUAAUGUACUUGAGAAAAAUUGAUACCAUUGAUGUACAUCAGUUUCCAUACAAUCCAUAAUCCUCCUGUACAGUUUUUAUAUGUAGUUGUGGGUCUUACUGAAAUUUAUAUAAUGGAUUUGUUUUCCUUAAUGGAUUUGUUUUCCUUUAAAUUGUAAAAUAUUAAACACUUUGAAGGUUAUUUUGGACUUUUGUAUGUUUAAAUGUUAAGUCUUACCAAAAUGUGCACGAAUGGACCAUUUUCAGUUACUAUUUAAUAUCAAAAUCAGGAAUUUACAGUCAACUGGUAGUGUAUGAUAGGUUAAUAUAGGGAAGUUUAGUUAUCUGCUACUAAAAGGUUUUUAGAUGAUUUUUAGAAGACAGGAAUUCCAUAGUUUGGGGGAGGGGCAACUUCUUCUGCACUUUUCUUUUUUUUUUUUUGCACAGAAAAUCCUGUCAUUCUUUAAUGGCAAAUUUCAUAUUAGUUAAUUCUUGGCUUAAAAGAUACUAGGUAAAAUUCUUAGUAUGCAUUUUUUAAAGAAAGUUUCCUGAAGCUACCAUUAAUCAACAUUAUUAUCCCAUGAAUUUUAUGUUUAUGUUCUCGUGUAAGGUACUGUAUGAAAUUAACUUGAGAGCUAAGUUUAUUUUUUAAAUAUAUCAGCUAAGGUUAAGGUUAUUUACUAUUCCCAUCUUAGACAAUAGAUACUUGGUAUAGAACUUCAAAAAUAAGUAGGUUAUCAUUUAACCAGUUAUUUUCAUAUUUUGCUUAAUGGUACUUAUAUAUCCUAAAAGAAUUUUUGUACUUCCCAAAGUAUAGUUUCUUUACUAGAGUAUGGUCUGAAUGUGUAUUUUCUAUUUUCCAUUUAACUUUUACUAUAUUAAACCUGCAAUUAAUUUGUUGAUUCUUGUUCCUCCUUAAGGAGGAAUGCAUGUUAAAGUGACAUACAGGAACAAAAUAUUAAAAAUGACAUACCCUCCUAAUACCUUUUCUUUAUCUGGAGAAAGAAAAAUCACAAAUACAUUUUAUGAUACUGUUUCAUUUUAGUUGUGUGUUAGUUGUGUCACAGCGAAGCUUUUUGGGAGGUAUAAUUCAGGCCCCUAUAAUUUCAUUUGUUUUUCUAAUUCACUCAAAAUCUACUUAUGUUACUUAGUUAAAUGGUAAGCUUACUUAAGUUUCAACUCAAAACUUCUAAAACAAAUUGCCUAAUCUUUGAAAUAUGUUAUUUAAAAGUUCUAAGCAAUGCUUAAUCACCUUUAAAUUAUCAUAAACUCUUAAUUUGGAGUUGAGUAAAGAGCUAUUUUUUCUAGUUCUUCACAUAAGGGAAACUUGCCACGUGAAAUUGUAUGGUUUUCAUUUUCCAGAAGAUACACUGAUGUGCCAUCAGUUUCUGUCUAAAUUCUUUGAAAAUGUUUUUUUAGUCAAUUGUAAAUAGUACGCCUAUUAUAGUUCAAAGUAAUUUCAAGUUAAACUGUACAACAUAGCUUGAGAAUAUAGAGACUCUGUAAUACUCUACAAGUGGCCUCUGCUAAAAAUAUCCAUAUAAUUACUCUUCUAUUUUUGCAUGCUCAUUUUGUGUGUUGGUUGCUAGCUUAAAGUUUGUUUCAGUGUUUGUUAGUUUUUGUGUGCCAAUUCAUCAGGCAAGCGGAUUUUCCCGCAGAUGUCAUAAUAUUUUUCUUUUUAGGAAAAAUAUAAAAAUAUUUACUUUAAAAAGCUGCGUUAAAGGAACGGCCUAUCCAAGGUGCUAGAGCAUCUUUAAAAGGAAGAAAAGAUAGAAUGUCGGUUUACUGUGUGAUGAGUAAUGUUUAAUUUGGGUGAUGAUAGUUUCUAUACUCUAAACUUUAUGAGAAAAAGGUACCAGAUCUAUAGUAAAUGUAAAACCUGCUGUCAUUGAGGAAGCUCUAAACAACCCUGAUUUCACAAAUGCAAUUUGUAACACUAGGAAAGGCUUUGACCAACAACGUAAGUUUGGCUUGUGCUUUAGUUUUGUAAAGCAUAUUCUUUUGCUUGAAUUUCUGUGUCCAGGAGAGUCAGGAUGUUUUAUGGUUCUUGAACUAAUUUUAUAACAUAUUUAAUAUAUUACCAGUUGAGCUAGAAAAUCAUUUGUACAUAUUGAAUUGAAAACCAGUUACUAAAGUAGGUGUAAUAGACUGAGUACAAUGAUACUUGCAGGUUACCCAUAUAUUUUAGAAGACAUGACAGAACAACCAUUUUAUUUGCACAUCUAUGGUUUCUGUUUGAAGGAAAGUAAAAUGAUAAAGAAACUUGAGUAAUAUGAAACAUGCUCAAGGUUAUUUCCCUAAAAGUAAUAGGAAAGCUGGUGCUGAAGGUUUUUGAUCAGUAUCUAAAAUUGUCUUCUCAAUGACUUAUGUUUUGAUUGCUUAGGGAAGAAUCCUCAUUUUUAUUUGCUCUUACACAUUUAAUCUGCGCGACAGGAUAUUAAAAAUUAAUAGAAUGAAAAGUUGUGCUCAUACUGUACAUCUGUUUCUGUGCUUGAAACUACAUGUUAGUUUUUAUUGAGCUGCCAGCAAUAAGGGACACAUUACUGCUGUAUUAUACAUCGUGGGGUUGAAUAACUUAAACAGCUUAACAUUUUUUUCUAGUGUAAGACACUUAAGGAUUUCCAUUAUUGGAAGAAAUUCGUAUGGGUAUUCUAUAUUGCAUAUUGUUUAAAAGGACAGUCUCUUUUUUUUCUUUCGUAAAAUCUUUCCAUUUUAAUUGGCUUCUAAACUAUAAUGCAUAAUGCAAUUUGGAGCCUGUUGUUUAGUGAUAGAAUUAAAUGUCUUAUAUAGUGCUACUGUGUUUGAAUUAAAUUGAACAAAUGUAAAAACCGACAUUUUAAAAAUUAAGCCCAGAAAACAAAAUAGUGUAUUAAGUUAGUUGAAUGUAAGAGAAAUUCGUAAGAUUUUUUUUUCUUCAAUAUAAAUACCUCACUUGAAAAUAAAGCACAGCAUACUUAAAGUAGUUCUAGUAAAAAAAAAAAAAUCCUACUAAAAGAAUUGCUAAAUCUUGAACAACUCUUGGGGAAUUAUAGUUUGGGAGAAAUAAAAUAUACUUGCUUUUAACCAUUCUGUUAGAAGUAUUUAUUUGUCCUGAUAAUUUUAAGCCAACACAGUAGUCUUAAAUUAUUUCUGAAGUUCUAAUCUGUGAAGGCAGUAAAUGAAAGAUCUGUUAUGCAACUGUUGAAACAAAUUGUUGACUACAUUGACCAUAAUUCAAUUUAAAAUCUUGCCAAUGAUGUACAGUUUUAUGGUUAAAAUUGCUGUGGUUGGUUGUAUUACAUGACACACAAAACUGUCCUCUACCUCACGUGAAAUAAAUAUUUUAUAUGGUUUUACUAUAAAACAAGACUCAUCUAUCUGGUCACUUAGUUUACAAAUUUUGAAUUAUAUUUAUUGAAACAUGACAUACUGUGCUCUUAGCUUAUACCUCAACUGUAUUUUGUGCUGUUCUCCAUUUUCAUGCCUUGUAAAUAACUUGUAUAGAUUGUGGAUUAAAUUCCAAAUAAAAACUUUUAAUGCCAAUGAAAUUGA